AGCAAACCCUUGAAUAAUUGGAAAAGCCUGCUAUAAGCCGUUCCCCUCAAAACUCUGAUCUCACUCUUCAUUUGCUUAGCCGCCAACAAACCGGAAACCCUUUGCAUUCUUUGUGAUUUGUUUGUGGUUUCAUUUAAAAAUCUCUACAAUGUCGAUAGGAGAACUUGCCUGCACUUACGCUGCUCUCAUCCUCCACGAUGAUGAAGUCGCCGUCACUGCUGAGAAGAUUGCUACACUAGUCAAAGCGGCUAAUGUUGAGAUCGAGUCGUACUGGCCUAGCUUGUUCGCCAAGCUCUGUGAGAAAAAGAACAUUGAGGACCUCAUUCUCAACUGUGGUGCUGGUGGAGGUGGUGCACCUGUAGCUGCAGUUGCAGCUAGUGGUGGUGCUGCCCCUUCUGCCGAGGAGAAGAAAGAAGAAAAGAAGGAAGAGCCCAAGGAAGAGAGCGAUGAUGACAUGGGAUUCAGCCUGUUCGAUUAGAUUGGCUAGAGUCCUGUCUUUUAUUUAUGUUAGUUUAUUUAGUACGGGGACAGUAGCUAUUUGUUUUAAUAGAAUUUUCUUCUUUUUUUUUUGUAUCUUUAGUGAUGGAUGACUUUCAGUUUUGCCUUUGUUGCUACCAUGGAGUCUGCUUGCUCUUUAAUACAAAAAUUUUGAUGA